AUGGUGAAUCUUAAUAUGUAUCCAGAUUUGUGCACCUUCAACAUACUAACAGAUGGACUAUGCAAAGAAGGAAAAGUUGAAGAUGCCGAGGAAGUAAUGAAACACAUGGUCGAAAAGGGUGUAGAGCCUGAUAUAAUCACCUACAAUGAGAUAAUGCAUGGCUAUUGUUUGCGAGGUCAACUAGAUAGAGCGAGGAGAAUUUUUUAUAGCUUGAAAAGGAAACUCGCCGAGGCCAUGCAAUUGUUUUGUGAAAUUUCUCUAAAGGGAUCAAAACCUGAUAUUGUUACCUACAAUACUAUCUUGCAUGGUAUGUUUGAAAUUGGAAGAACUGGUGAUGCCAAACAAUUGUUCAUUGAGAUGGAAUCUACAGGGCCCCUACCUAACUUAUGCACUUAUUCCACUUUGCUCAAUGGUUAUUUUAAGUACGGAUUCGUUGAAGAAGCUAUGUCACUCUUUAAUAAGUUAGAAAGAAAGAGAGAAUACAUUGAUAUUGCAUUUUAUAGUGUUGUCAUUAAUGGAUUGUGCAAAAAUGGUAAACUCGACGCAGGUCAUGCUAUUUUUGAGAAGCUUUCUUUCGUUGGAUUGCUUCCUGAUGUGAGAACAUACAAUGUAAUGAUAAAUGGAUUUUGUCUCGAAGGGUUGUUUGAUAAAGCUAAAGAUAUUCUAAGAAAAAUGGAAGACAACGGUUGUUCUCCAAACAAUGUCACUUAUAAUGUCAUUGUGCAAGGAUUUCUCAGGUGCAACAAAAUUAGUGAAAUGGCAUUUUUUAUGAAGGAAAUGGCUGGAAUGGGCUUCUCAUUUGAUGUAUCUACAACGAUUGUUGGGUUUAAUUGA